UUUUUCAUUUUCAGUUUGUUUUUGGUUGUGAAACUUGUCGGUUGUGUUCUCGGUGUAAAGUGCACGUGUUACAGCAGCGAAGAAAGCUUCAAGUGGUUCGGAAGAAAUAAAGAAGAGGAAGCGCAACUGUAGCAAAACAAAAAUUUGGACGCGCUCCCAUGACAUAAUGGACAGCAGCGCCAAGCCGGAACGUAAAAAUCCACGUGCACGAGCCAAUCUAUUGUCACAAUUGCUGUUCGCCUGGUCGCUGCCAUUGCUGUAUAAGGGCUCGAGGCAUGGACUAACCACAGAAGAUCUAACGGAAUGCAUAGCGGAUGAUCAUUCCGAGGAAUUGGGUGAUCGCUUGGAGGAUGAGUGGCAAAAUGAAGUUAUACGCGCUAAUCACAAGUCCAAGAAGCCGCGACUACGCAAUGCGCUCUUUCGUUGCUUUUUGGGUCCCACCAUAGUGAAUGGCAUUAUCUCUAUAAUUUAUAUACUGAUCAAAACCUUAAUACCCGCCGUAUUAGCCCAGCUCUUGCUGCAGUUCCAGCGCAUGCAACAAGCUCCAGUGACAACAACUCUAGAUACUGUUGGCGAUAUACUCAAUCGAACUGCACGUGCUGUGGCCUCGUUAGACUCAGCAACAGGCAAUGCCAACUCACCCAAUGCCUUGGACAACUCCGAUCCGCACAAGCAGCACGUCAAUGGCUACGAACCGCUGCCCAUGGCGCCAUCUAAUAUAACAGCUACGAAUGCUUUGGAGCAAGCGGCGCAAUAUAUUUGGCAGGAUGUGUAUUGUCUGGCCACAGUGCUGGUGGGUGCUACUGCCUUGGGCUGCUUUCUGAUUCACCAUGUGGACUUGCGUCAGCGUCUGAUGGGCGCACGCAUGCGCAUUGCCUGCUGCUCGCUGAUCUAUCGCAAAACAUUGCGCCUUUCCAUGAAGACAGCUGGACAGACACCAGCUGGUUAUUUGAUCAAUUUGCUGUCGAAUGAUGUAAAUCGCUUGGAUUAUGGUUUCAUAUUUAUGCACUGGAUUUGGAUUAUGCCACUGCAGGCUGUGCUUACCUGUUAUUUGAUAUGGCUGCGCAUAGGCAUUCCUGCCCUGGUGGGCGUCAUUGGACUGCUGCUGAAGACUGUGCCGCUGCAGUCGGCGCUGAGUAAAUUGACUUCGAAGCUUCGCAUGCGCAUUGCGGAGCGCACAGAUGCGCGCGUGGGCAUUAUGAAUGAACUGGUCCAGGGCAUACAGGUGAUCAAGAUGUACGCCUGGGAGAAACCCUUUCAGGCAGUUGUCGCUGAGGCGCGUCGCUGCGAGAUUCAACAGAUUCGCUAUGCUUCCUAUCUGCGUGGUUUCUAUCUAAGCACCAUGGUGUUCACCGAGCGUUCUACACUGUAUAUAACGCUAGCCGCAGCUGCGCUGCUGGGUCAAAGCAUCACCGCAGACUUUGUGUUCUCCGCCGCCAGCUACUACAAUAUACUACAGUUGGUGGCAGCCAUUUGGUAUCCACUGGCGGUCACUUUCGGCGCCGAGGCUUUGGUUUCACUGCGUCGCAUUCAGGCCUUUUUGCAGCUGGAGGCGCGCGAUGAGAAGGUGCAGGGCUUAACGCACAAGCGUCAGCAGUUCGAUGGCGAUACGCGCGCUGUUAAUCUGAAGGACAUUCAGGCCAGCUGGCUGAAGGAGCAACCACAACGCACGCUGCAGUCGUUUAAUCUGCAAAUCGAAAAGGGACAACUCUGCGCGGUUAUUGGGCCUGUGGGCGCUGGCAAGAGCUCGCUGCUGCAGCUGUUGCUAGGCGAACUGCCCAUCAUUGAAGGCGGCGUUGUUAUCCAAGGCGAACUUUCAUAUGCUAGCCAGGAGCCUUGGCUCUUCACCGGCACAGUGCGCAACAAUAUUCUGUUUGGCGAGCAGUACGAGCGCAAACGUUACCAUGAGGUCACCAAAUGCUGUGCACUGAGCACGGAUUUCCAGCAGCUAAGCAAUGGCGACAAGACGGUGGUGGGUGAGCGUGGUGCUUCACUCUCUGGUGGCCAGCGCGCGCGCAUUAGCUUGGCACGCGCUGUUUACAAGCCCGCCUCCAUUUAUUUGCUGGAUGAUCCGCUGAGUGCGGUCGAUGCGCAUGUGGGCAGACAUUUAUUCGAUGAGGUUAUUGGUCCACGUGGUCGUCUAGCGCAACUAAAGGCCACACGCGUGCUGGUUACACAUCAGGUGCACUUUCUGAGCGAGGCAGAUUGGAUUGUUAUUGUGGAUCAGGGACGCAUCUUAAGGCAGGGCACCUAUCAGGAGCUGCUGAACAGCGAACUGGACUUUGCCAAACUGCUGGAGCGUCCCAAGGAGGCGGAGUUAACAGGCAACAGCAGUGAUUUGCACGCUUCGUCUAUUACCACGCUAAGCGAGCACGACAUGGAGGAUGACGAUGAUAUACCCUAUAUAGAUGGCGUGCGCGAUGGUUAUUUGCCGCUUCGCAAGCAAAGUGGCUCCACACAUGGCAGCAAGUCGUUCACCAACAGCGAUCUGGCGGAUGCAGAGGAUGAAGAAGAAAUGGCAGAGGCGCAAGCUUCGGGCGGCAUCUCGGCGCGUGUUUGGUACGAAUACUUCCAUGCCGGCAGCACCUUCUUGAGCUUCAGCUUUAUGGUGUGCGUCAUGUUGCUCUCCCAAGUGGUUUGCAGCAGCUCCGAUUACUUCUCCAGCAUUUGGACGCAGCAGGAGCAUAUGCGCAGCCAAGGCGCCGACACUAGCUUCACCACCUAUGAGUGCAUGUACAUCUAUGGCGCCCUCAUCAUCGGCGUCGUCAUCAUGACCGUCUUUCGUGGCUUUCUGUUCUUCAAGGUUUGCAUGCAUGCCUCCAAGGUGUUGCAUGAUCGCAUGUUCCGCUGCAUUUUGAAUGCCACCAUGCGCUUCUUUGAUACGAAUCCCUCGGGACGCAUUCUCAAUCGUUUCUCCAAGGAUAUGGGCGCCAUUGAUGAGCUGCUGCCACGUGCUAUGAUGGACUUUAUACAAAUUGCUUUGGUUAUGUUUGGCAUAUUGAUUGUUAUAGCUGUGGUGAAUCCUGUGCUCAUCGCUGCCAUGACCAUUGUUGCUAUCAUCGAUAUGCUCAUACUUAAGCUGUAUCUGCGUCCCUCGCAGGAUCUGAAGCGCUUGGAGGGCAUUUGCCGCAGUCCAGUGUUUUCGCAUUUGAGCUCCUCCUUAACGGGUUUGUCUAUUAUACGCUCGCGCAAUAUGCAGGAUGUCGUAGCCAAGGAGUUUGAUCUGUUGCAGGAUGUGCACAGCAGCGUCUGGCAGCUCACCAUGGCAGCCAAUACAGCAUUGGGUCUAUGGCUGGACAUAGUCAGCUGCGGUUUCCUCAGCGCUGUUACCUUUAGCUUUAUUGUUACCAAUGAAACCACCUACAGCGGCAAUGUGGGCUUGGCCAUUUCGCAGGCUAUGAUCUUAACGGGCAUGGUGCAGUAUGGCGUGCGUCAGGUUUGCGAAUCGCUGCAGCAAAUGACCAGCGUGGAGCGCGUGCUGCAGUACACCGAGCUGGAGCAGGAGCCAAGAGUUCAAGGCAAGGAGCCCUCGCAGCAGUGGCCACCACGUGGCGAGGUUGAGUUCCGCGACAUGAGCUGUCGCUAUGAUCCCAAUGGCUCAGCUGUGCUUAAGCAUUUGAACUUGACCAUCGAACCUGGCUGGAAGGUGGGCAUUGUGGGACGCACUGGCGCUGGCAAAUCCUCACUCAUAGGCGCACUUUUCCGCUUGGCGUACAUUGAUGGUGGCAUCUAUAUCGAUGACAUUGAAACGGGCAGCAUUUCGCUAGAGACGCUGCGCACGCGCAUUUCCAUAAUUCCACAAGAUCCGGUGCUGUUCUCCGCUAGCAUACGCUAUAACCUGGAUCCCUUUGAGGCAUAUAGUGACGCUGAACUCUGGCGCGCCUUGGAGGCAGUGGAGCUGCGCACUGCUAUAAAUGGUCUGGACUUUAUGGUCACCGAACGUGGCAGCAACUUUAGCGUGGGACAGCGUCAGUUGCUUUGCCUGGCACGCGCAAUACUGCGCAACAACAAGGUGCUGGUGCUGGACGAAGCCACCGCCAAUGUGGAUCCACAAACCGAUGCGCUGAUCCAGCGCACCAUACGCGUCAAGUUCCAGCAGUGCACAGUCUUGACUGUGGCCCAUCGUUUGCAUACAGUGAUGGAUUCGGAUCGCAUUAUUGUUAUGGAUGCGGGCAAUGCUGUGGAGUACGAUGUGCCGCAUUUGCUGUUGAAGAAAUCUCAGGGCGUGCUUAGGCAAAUGGUUGAAGCUACAGGCGGCGAGGCGGAUGCACUCAAGAAAGUCGCCAGCGAUUCGUUCAAGCGUAUGCAACAACUCAGCGAGGAGCAGCGUGGUGCCUAAAAUGAAUUACAAAUGUUUGAGUUUGGAUCACAAAGGAAUCAGGAAUACUUGAAAAGACGUACCAAAAAAAAACAGCAACACAUAAAUCAUUGUUUAGUUUUUUAAGACUCGCAUAUAAGUCCUGUCAGCUGUCAUUAUUAUUGUUCUUCUUCUUUCGUUUGUUUCUGCAACUCAACAUGCCUAUAUAAUACUGCCUUAUAUACAAGAUAUAUAAACUAAUUAGCCUUGGCUAAAUAUAAGUUCAAACAUUGCUUAGUACUUAGUGCAGAGUUUAUAGAAUUUGUUUUGAUUUUUGUUCUAUAAUCUUUGCUAGCACGUACUUAAAAAUUGUUAAAACGGUAAACAGGGUUUGAACUUUGUAUUUACAAAAUACUAUUAUAAACUUAAAAGCAACGGUGCUUGACACAUGCAUUAGUAUUAGUAUAUAUUUUAUAUAAAACAUAUAACUCUAUAUAUACUGGUUCAGCAGAGCAGAACAAAUAA